UGCGGGCUGGAUGGCGGUGGGUCGGGCGGGUGCCAUCCGCCGCCAUCCGCCCUUAGGGGAGCCGUGUCGGGCUUGUAGGCCUGGGCUGGAGCCUGGAGGAUGGCGGGUGAGAAGAACACGGGUGAGAAGAAGGCCGGAGAAAAGAAGCCGGCCCAGAAGAAGGUAGGAGAGAAGAAACCAGCUGAUAAAAAGCCAGUUGAGAAGAAGGCAGGCGCCAGCCAGAGGAGAACUAAUGUGAAGACAAGGAAGCCUAAGAAAUACCACACCAGCCGUAACCCUGUCCUGGCUCGGGGUAUUGGGAAGUACUCCCGGUCUGCCAUGUAUGCCAGGAAAGCAAUGUACAAACGCAAAUACACCGCUCCAGAAACAAAGAUAGAAAAGAAGAAGAAAGAAAAGCCACGCGCGACCAUCGUCAAACCAGUUGGUGGGGACAAGAAUGGAGGCACCCGUGUGGUUAAAGUCCGCAAGAUGCCUCGCUACUAUCCAACUGAGGAUGUUCCACGCAAGCUUUUGAGUCAUGGCAAAAAGCCAUUUUCCCAGCACAAGAGGAGGCUGCGGGCUUCUAUUACCCCAGGAACUGUUCUGAUCCUCCUGACUGGUCGUCACCGCGGCAAGCGUGUUGUCUUUCUGAAGCAGCUUGGUACUGGCCUGUUGCUUGUUACAGGACCUCUGGCUGUCAACCGUGUCCCUCUGCGUAGGGCCCACCAGAAAUUCGUUAUUGCUACAUCUACAAAGGUCGAUAUCUCUGGAGUGAAAAUUCCCAAGCAUCUCACUGAUGCGUACUUCAAGAAGAAGAAGCUGCGUAAGCCCAAGCACCAGGAAGGCGAGAUCUUUGACACUGAAAAAGAGAAAUACGAGAUAACGGAGCAACGUAAGACAGACCAGAAGGCAGUGGAUACCCAGAUCCUUGCACGAAUCAAGAAGGUGCCUCAGCUCCGUGGGUACCUGCGCUCCACAUUCUGUCUCUCAAAUGGAGUCUAUCCUCACAAAUUGGUGUUCUAAAUGUUCUGAAAGCACCACAUUAAAUUUGAGGGGAAAAAAAGCGA